GUGAUCAGGUGGCGGGUCAGCUGACACCAGCAGAACCAGGAAGCGACUGCAGAGAAUUAUUAUUACACUUUAAUAUUUACUCACCGCGUGCAGGCGACCAUAAGUGCAUAUCUGGAAUAUUAUUAAAGCUGGCGCCUCAGUUCGCCUGGCGGUGUGAAGAUCAGUCAGGGGCAUGUUCGCAAUAGACGACGAGGACGGAGACUUUCUGUCUCCCGCUGGAGGAGCGAAGUUAGCAUCUCUUUUUGGGCUGGAUCAGGCAGCAAACCAGGGGAACGAGUCCUUCCAAUACACGGCACCCAAACAGCCCCGCAAGAGCUCUGCCAACUCAGGACCCCCAACCCAAAAGACUGCACCUCCACCAAACUCUCCUGCCGUUCUCUUUGCCACUGCAGUACAUGCCUACAGAUAUGUUAAUGGACAGUAUGUGAAACAAGGCAAGCUUGGAGCUGCAGUCCUUGGAAAUCAUUCAGCUAAAGAGUAUAAGAUCCUGCUGUAUGUCAGUCAACAGAAGCAGGUGACGGCCGCCAGGAUCCACAGCGGCUUCGUCCUCACUGUCCAGCCCAGUAACUACUGCACAUUUUACGAUGACCUGAGACAGAAUUGGUCGCUGAUGUUUGAAUCCGAGAAAGCGGCUACAGACUUUUGUAAAGAGGUUUGUCUUGCCAAAGUGAACUGCAGCGGUGCGUUAGACUCUGUCCUGAUCCAGGAUCUUGUUCUCGGUGCGGGUCAGGCUGUGGAGAACGGAGACUCUUUAGAAGUGGCCUACUCUGGCUGGCUACUGCAAAACAACACCAUCGGACAGAUGUUUGACUCAAAUCUGAAUAAAGACAAACUGCUGAGACUGAAGCUCGGGGCUGGGAAAGUCAUUAAGGGCUGGGAGGAGGGGAUGUUGAAUAUGCGCAAAGGUGGAAAGAGACUCAUGGUGAUUCCUCCCAGUCUUGCAUACGGGUCGCAGGGUGUUGCCAGUCGCAUCCCGCCGGACAGCACGCUAGUCUUUGAAGCGGAGAUCCGUCGGGUUAAGUUUGCAAAGGAUGGAAGUUCAAGAGAUUCGGCGGCUCCGUCUCCUGCUCCCAGUGUGGAGAGUCUGGCCCCCACUGAGCUCAACCAGCCCCUCAGCACUGCCCCACAAACCAGCAAACCCAGUGAAGCACCUCUUCGAGCAAAAUCAAACUCCCUCAAUGAACAGCUCAGUAAUCCUGAUGCCACUAAAGCUAAACUGAUCUCACGCAUGGCCAAGAUGGGCCAGCCGAUGCUGCCCUUCAUCACCGGCCCGGCCUCAUCGCCCUCACAGCCAGACUCCAGUGACUCCGAACUUGAGGACCCCAGUGUGUCCAGACUCAAGGAACGUAGCAGUGCACCAUCACCGCAGCCUGUACACAUCUCCUCCGGCCCACCACCUUCAGUGCAGGCUUCAGCCCUACUUCCUGUAACCAUGGCAACAGCCAAUCCGCAGCCCAUGAUGCCAGGAGCCUUACAUGCCUUUCAGCCUGUAAGUCAGAUGUACCCCACACAGACCGUGUCUUACCAAGGAACUGGUGACGUCACGUCCUUCUUGAUGACAGAGGCUCGACAACACAACACUGAAAUCCGAUUGGCUGUUGGGAAAGUGGCAGACAAACUGGACCACUUGUCCUCAAAGAUUAAUGACCUGCAUAAGCAAGGCAGUGUUUCGUCGGGCUUAUCAAACGUAUCCAUGGAAACAGCCAUGAUCAUGCACAACAUUCAGAGGAUCAUACAGGAGAAUGAAUGUCUGAAGAAAGAGGUGUUUGAGAAAAGUUCACGCAUUGAGGAGCAGAACCGCAAGAUCGGCGAGCUCAUCAAUCAGAACCAGAGGUAUUAUAUGUUGUUACCUGCUGAGGAGCGUAAUCAGCUGAUGGAGCAGAGAAACGACUCUCUGAAGAACAGAAGUGAACAGAGUCAGGCCAGAAUACUGCAGGCAGAGCAAGACAAGCAUGCACUGCCACAGGAAUUGAGUUGGGAUCAGGCACGUUUGACGGAAGAGUUGGCGUCGUCCACGGCGCGUGUGUCGGAGCUGCAGCUGGAGUUGAGCUCUCAGCAGCAGAAGGCCGCAGCGCUGCAGAGCAAACUCAGCUCGGCCCUGCAGGACAGUCAGCAGCGCAGCACACACGUCACAACACUGGAGGCGCAGAUCCUGGAGCUGAAGGAGACAGCAGACAGAGUGCAGAGUCAGCACAAGAUGGAAAAACAGAAACGAAAGGAACUGGAGCUCAAGCUCAACAACAUGGAGGAAGAGCUACAGGACAUGAAAACAGAGAAGGACAGUCUGGAACGAACUCUCUCUGAGAGGAAGAGGAAGUGGCAGUUGGAGAGACAGCGCUGCGAUGAGGAACUGGAGGAGGUGAGGAGGGCGGGCCAGCAGGAGUUAGACAACCUCAGGAGCCAAUUACGUAAAGCCAGAACGAGCACCGGCCAAGCCGCAGCUGAACAGCUGUCUCAGCUGCAGGCUGAUCUGGAGCAGGAGUGGCAGGUGAAGUGUGAUCAGGCUCUGGCAGCGGCACGUGAACAGCAGAGGAGAGAGAUGACUGAACUCUCAGAGCACAGAGACGCACUGCAGCUCAAACUCACACAGCUGCAGGACAAGUUUAAUACACUCAAACAGUCCCGUGAAUCGGAGGAACAGCUUUUACUACAGCAGCAGGACCAGAAAGAAGAGCUGCAGGCCUUGAGAGAAAAGUGCUCUGUGCUGGAGCAGAGAGCAGCAUUGCUGGAGCAGCAGGGAGAGAUGCAGCUUUCAGAGCAGCAGCACACAGACACAGCAGAAGAGGUGAAGCAUGUGAUGAAUGGAGUGUUUCAGUCUCUCAGAGCCGAGUUUGAUCUGAAUGAGACCUACACAGGAAGUGCUGUUCUCCGAGUGCUGGUCAGCACUAUCAAGAAUGUCACACUACAGCUGCUCACCAAAAAGGAGAGAGCUUCAUCUGAACACAGUGAAAAAGAAGAGGAGGAGGAGAAUGAGGAAGAGAGAGAGACUGACGCUCAGCAUAGACGUGAGGUGCAUAUAAACGGCCCCAGAGAGCGAGAUUCUGCAGGAUCGCAGGAUGAAGAUGGACAGCAGCAAGUGGAGAAGGAAGAUGUUUCACUAGCAGAUGAGAAGAAAGAAGAAACGGAGGAACCUGAAAGAGUAAAAGACAGGAGUGAACAGGAAGUUGUAGAAGAAAGGAGUGAAGAGAAGGAAGUGGAAGUUACAGAAAACAAUGUGCAAGACCAGGACAGUGAGAGCGGCACAGAAACUAAACACGAAGAAGAGACCGAAAGCAACAUCACAACCAAACAGGAAGUGACCCCAGAGCCGUCUGAGGACAUUAGUCCUACACAGGAAGCCAAGGUAAUUGCUGAGAGUGUUACAGGGCCUUUAGAUGAACCAGAAAGCACACACAUGACAUUAGGAGGACCUCCCAAGAACCCGCCUCCACCUCCUCCCGCUCUGCAGGAAACAUCUGCACUGCUCUCCAGUCCGUCUGAGAGGGUAGAAGAGGAAAAUGGAGAGGAACCAUUUUUCCAGAGUCCCACCCCUCCCCAGCCCCCACCCGCAGCGGCCGAUGAAGAGGAGGAGGAGCUGAGUCUGAAAGGAGGUUCUGAUAGUGCGUCUCUGUUUUGCCCUGAUGAUGAUGAUGAUGAAGACCUGGACUGGCUGAGCUGAUGUCAACCUUCUCAGUCGAAGUUGAAAAACCAGUGCCUGACAUCAGACGAUCUCUGACCGGAGGAAAUGAUGUUUGUGUCCCGGACCUCAGCGAACACAGGCUUUGAUUAGUGGGUUGGGAUGGUUCUGCAAACAUUUCAUUAUUUUCUGUGAUCAAAGAACAGAGAGUAACGUCCUGCCCAAAACCUUAAAAAGCAUUUGAAUGAAAAUCUCUAUGGCAGUACGGAUCAGCUGCUGCUCAUAAACUGAUUUUACUACACAUACAGCAAAAAAAAAUAAAUCAUACUUAAAUCUACAAAUACUGUAAAUCAUAGAAACGGUUGAUUUUUUUUAAAUCUUAAUUUAUAAUGUAAUAUUUCCAUCUUUAACACAGGGUUCUCAUGUGUAAUUCAGCCUGCCGUCUCUGUUCUUAAUAUUUAUACAUAGUACUAACAGCAACCAGUUGCAUAUUAAUAAAGAAAUGAGACAGACUGUGAAAAUUAAAA